AUGGCCACUGCACAGUUGCAGAGAACUUCCAUGAGUGCAUUGGUAUUUCCCAAUAAAAUAUCAACGGAGCAGCAGUCUUUAGUGUUAGUGAAGAGGCUCCUAGCAGUUUCAGUAUCCUGCAUCACGUAUUUGAGAGGAAUUCCAGAAUGUGCUUAUGGAACAAGAUAUCUAGAAGAUCUUUGUGUCAUUCUGAGAGAAGAUAAAAAUUGUCCAGGAUCCACACAGUUAGUGAAAUGGAUGCUAGGAUGCUAUGAUGCUUUACAGAAAAAAUAUCUAAGGAUGGUUGUUCUAGCUGUAUACACCAAUCCAGAAGACCCUCAGACCAUUUCAGAAUGUUACCAAUUUAAAUUCAAGUACACCAGUAAUGGACCAGUUAUGGACUUCAUAAGUAAAAACCAAAGCAAUGAAUCUAGCAUGUCAUCUGCCGACACUAAGAAAGCAAGUAUUCUCCUCAUUCGCAAGAUUUAUAUUCUAAUGCAAAAUCUGGGACCUUUACCAAAUGAUGUUUGUUUAACCAUGAAACUUUUUUACUAUGAUGAAGUUACACCCCCAGAUUACCAGCCUCCUGGUUUUAAGGAUGGUGAUUGUGAAGGAGUGAUAUUUGAAGGGGAACCUAUGUACUUAAAUGUCGGAGAAGUCCCAACACCUUUUCACACCUUCAAAGUAAAAGUGACCACUGAGAAAGAACGAAUGGAAAACAUUGAUUCAGCUAUACUAUCACCAAAACAAAUAAAAACACCACUUCAAAAAAUUCUAAUGGACAAAGAUGAUCUAGAAGAUGAACAAGAGCAUUAUAUAAGUGAUGAUUUUGAUGCUGAAACUAAGAUGGAAGAACAAAAGAAAGCUCCUGGAUCAUCUGAACUUGGAGAACCAAGUUUAGUUUGUGAGGAAGAUGAAAUCAUGAGGUCUAAAGAAAGUACAGAUCUUUCAAUCCGUCAUUCUCAGGUUGAGCAGUUAGUUAGUAAAACAUCUGAACUUGAUGUGUCUGAAAGCAAAACAAGAAGUGGAAAAACCUUUCAGAAUAAGAUGGCUAAUGGAAUUCAACCAGUAAAAUCUAAAGAAAAUCGAAAGAGAAGUCAACCCGAAUCAGGGAAAACAGUCCUCCAUCAGUUUGAUUCUUCUAGUCAAGAGUCAGUGCCAAAAAGGAGAAAGUUUAGUGAACCAAAGGAACAUAUAUAAAAAUUAUUUUCUCUUCUAUACAUUUGCAAAGUUCUUCUCAACAUUUAAAUUAAAGGGCACUAUAUUACCGUUUUAAGGUGUGUUUUCCCUGUCUCUAAAAAUUUGUACAUAAUCUUCAGCAAUUCAUACACUAAAAUGAAGUUCUUGUGGUUCUUAACCAAGAUAAGUCCAAGAGAAUUUUUUUAAUAAAACCCAAAGUAACAGUGUUAUAGUUGAAUCUGUUCCUCAUCUACUUAGUAUUAAUCUGUCUUCCAUUUUGGUGGACACUUCAUUUGAACAUAUACUGUAUUACCUUCUGAGCUCCUUUUAAGCCAUUUUUUAAACAAAUAAUGUUUAUUAUGGUAUUAAAAUUUGGUAGGGAUUCACUUUUUUUCUUAUGUUAAAACUGUACCAUUUAAC